UUUAAAAAUGUCACUUUCUUCAUCUGUCGUGUCAUGUUUCUAUGUUCCGUAAUUCUUCAUUUAGAUUUAUUAUAAAUAAUGUUUUAAUAUGAUCUUCUAAUUUAAGCAUGAAUAAGUAAUUGAUAAACGGUAAAUAGUCUACCCAUAUACGGAAUCCAAAAGAAAUCUCGAUGAUGUCUACGGCUGGACCAAGUCAGUCUUCGCCCUCGGUGCAAGAAUUUAAAAUAAGAGUGCCGAAAAAUGUGAAAAAGAAGUAUCAUGUAAUGCGGUUCAAUGCCACCCUAAAUGUAGAUUUUGCAAAGUGGACUCAUGUUAAAAUGGAGCGAGAGAAUAAUAUCAAAGAGUUCAAAGGAAUUGAGGAAGAGAUGCCCAAGUUUGGUGCAGGUUCAGAAUAUGGCCGUGACAAUCGUGAGGAGGCAAGAAGAAAGAAAUUUGGCAUCAUCUCCAGGAAGUACAAGCCGGAGGACCAGCCAUGGAUCCUGAAAGUAGGAGGAAAAACUGGAAAGAAGUUCAAGGGCACUCGUGAGGGUGGUGUGUCGGAGAACGCUGCAUACUACGUGUUCACGCAUGCGGCAGACGGUGCCAUUGAUGCCUACCCUUUACAAGAAUGGUAUAAUUUUCAACCUAUACAAAGGUACAAAGCUUUAUCAGCCGAAGAGGCUGAACAAGAAUUUGGAAGACGCAAUAAGGUAAUGAAUUACUUCUCGCUUAUGUGUCGGAAACGCAUGCGUGGUGACGACGCGGCCGACGAAGCUGAUGACCCUGACGAAAAGAAGACCAAAGGCUCGAAGGCUAAGAAAGACUUGAAAAUAUCAGAAAUGGAUGAGUGGAUAGAUUCCAAUGACGACUCGUCCGACUCUGAAGCUGGAGAGAAGGAUAACGAUAGUGACUCCGCCGCUAAAAAGAAGAAGGACAAAAAAGGGGCUGUGACUAAAAAGAAAAAGAAAGUGGAGGACGAAGCUUUCGAGGAGAGCGAUGACGGCGACGAGGAGGGAAGAGAGAAGGAUUAUAUAUCAGAUUCAUCUGAAAGUGAAUCGGACCACGAAACUAAAGCUAGCAAAGAGCUUAAGGGUGUAGCAGAAGAGGACGCAUUAAGGAAACUGUUGACUUCCGACGAGGAUUCCGAAGAAGAACAGGAACAGAAACAGGAGGCGUCGGAACAAGAAGACGAACCCACUAAGGAGGGGGAGGAACGCGCCAGUAAACUCACCAAGAAGAAGAAGAAGGACGACACUAAGAAAGCAGACUCGAGCAGUGAUUUCAGUUCGGAUUCAGACAGUGACCCAGAGAGCGCGCCCAAAAAGCCGAAGAAAGCCAAAAACGGCACAGACAAGAAUGGAGUCACAAACAACGCAUCAGCGAGUGCUCCGGGCAGUGCCAGCACGUCCCGCAGCGGCACCCCCACCCCCGCCGCGGCCGCCGCCAUCGCCGCCGCCAACAACCCCGCGCCCGCCAAGCGUGCCAAGCUCGAUCCCACGUACCUCGAGUGCGGCGUAACAGAAGAGGCGGUGCGACGUUACCUCGCACGCAAGCCGAUGACCACCACAGAACUACUGACCAAAUUCAAGUCGAAACGCAGUGGCGUCAGCUCCGAACGACUAGUGGAGACCAUGACGCAAAUACUGAAGAGAAUCAAUCCAGUCAAACAGAACAUCAACGGGAAAAUGUACCUUAGCAUCAAGCCCACCUGAUAGCCAUCAAUAAACUGUGUUGUUUUUA